CCCGCGGCGCAGGCAGUCCCGGAGCUAGGCAGCCGCGGCUGAGCCGGAGCUGGGAGCCGGAGCGGCGGCCGGAUAGCAGCCCGCGAGGCCCGCCGCAGCCAUGGGCAACCGCGGCAUGGAGGAUCUCAUCCCGCUGGUCAACCGGCUGCAAGAUGCCUUCUCUGCCAUCGGCCAGAAUGCGGACCUCGACCUGCCGCAGAUCGCCGUGGUGGGCGGCCAGAGCGCCGGCAAGAGCUCAGUGCUCGAGAAUUUCGUAGGCAGGGACUUCCUGCCUCGAGGAUCUGGCAUUGUCACCCGACGUCCCCUGGUCCUGCAGCUAGUCAAUGCUACCACAGAAUAUGCCGAGUUUCUGCACUGCAAGGGGAAGAAAUUCACUGACUUCGAGGAGGUGCGCCUGGAGAUCGAGGCCGAGACCGACCGGGUCACAGGCACCAACAAAGGGAUCUCGCCGGUGCCGAUCAACCUCCGCGUGUACUCGCCCCAUGUGCUGAACCUGACCCUGGUGGACCUGCCCGGAAUGACCAAGGUCCCAGUGGGGGACCAACCUGCCGACAUCGAGUUCCAGAUCCGGGACAUGCUCCUGCAGUUCGUCACCAAGGAGAACUGCCUCAUCCUGGCCGUGUCCCCUGCCAACUCUGACCUGGCUAAUUCUGAUGCCCUCAAGAUUGCCAAGGAGGUGGACCCCCAGGGUCAGCGCACCAUCGGGGUCAUCACCAAGCUGGACCUGAUGGAUGAGGGGACAGAUGCCCGCGAUGUGCUGGAGAACAAGCUGCUCCCCCUGCGCAGGGGCUACAUUGGAGUGGUAAACCGGAGCCAGAAAGAUAUUGAUGGCAAGAAGGACAUUACAGCCGCCUUGGCCGCUGAACGCAAAUUCUUCCUCUCCCAUCCAUCCUACCGCCACUUGGCUGACCGAAUGGGCACACCCUACCUACAGAAGGUCCUCAACCAGCAACUGACGAACCACAUCCGGGACACACUGCCAGGGCUGCGGAACAAACUGCAGAGCCAGCUGCUGUCCAUUGAGAAGGAGGUGGAGGAGUACAAGAACUUCCGCCCUGAUGACCCAGCACGCAAGACCAAGGCCCUGCUGCAGAUGGUCCAGCAGUUCGCAGUGGACUUUGAGAAGCGCAUUGAAGGCUCAGGCGAUCAGAUCGACACUUAUGAACUGUCAGGAGGAGCCCGCAUUAACCGGAUCUUCCAUGAGCGCUUCCCCUUUGAGCUGGUCAAGAUGGAGUUUGAUGAGAAGGAGCUCCGAAGAGAGAUCAGCUAUGCCAUCAAGAAUAUCCAUGGCAUUAGGACGGGCCUCUUCACACCUGACCUCGCUUUUGAAGCCACAGUGAAAAAGCAGGUGCAGAAGCUCAAAGAGCCCAGUAUCAAGUGUGUGGACAUGGUAGUCAGUGAGCUCACGGCCACCAUCAGAAAGUGUAGCGAAAAGCUCCAGCAGUACCCGCGGCUGCGGGAGGAGAUGGAGCGCAUUGUGACUACCCACAUCCGGGAGCGCGAGGGGCGCACCAAGGAGCAGGUCAUGCUUCUUAUCGAUAUUGAGCUGGCUUAUAUGAACACUAACCAUGAGGACUUCAUAGGCUUUGCCAAUGCUCAGCAGAGGAGCAACCAGAUGAACAAGAAGAAGGCUUCAGGGAACCAGGAUGAGAUUCUGGUCAUCCGGAAGGGUUGGCUGACCAUCAACAAUAUUGGCAUCAUGAAGGGGGGCUCCAAGGAGUACUGGUUUGUGCUGACUGCUGAGAAUCUGUCCUGGUACAAGGAUGAUGAGGAGAAAGAGAAGAAAUACAUGCUGUCUGUAGACAACCUCAAGCUGCGGGACGUGGAGAAGGGCUUCAUGUCGAGCAAGCACAUCUUUGCCCUCUUUAACACGGAGCAGAGGAAUGUCUACAAGGAUUAUCGGCAGCUGGAGCUGGCCUGUGAGACACAGGAGGAGGUGGACAGCUGGAAAGCCUCCUUCCUGAGGGCUGGCGUGUACCCAGAGCGUGUUGGGGACAAGGAGAAAGCCAGCGAGACUGAGGAGAAUGGCUCAGACAACUUUAUGCACUCCAUGGACCCGCAGUUGGAGCGGCAGGUGGAAACCAUCCGAAACCUGGUAGACUCAUACAUGGCCAUUGUCAACAAGACGGUGCGGGAUCUCAUGCCCAAGACCAUCAUGCAUCUCAUGAUCAACAAUACCAAGGAUUUCAUCUUCUCCGAGCUGCUGGCCAACCUGUACUCGUGCGGGGACCAGAACACACUGAUGGAAGAGUCAGCUGAGCAGGCACAGCGGCGCGACGAGAUGCUGCGCAUGUACCACGCUCUGAAGGAGGCGCUUGGCAUCAUCGGCGACAUCAACACGACCACCGUCAGCACGCCCAUGCCCCCGCCUGUGGACGACUCCUGGCUGCAGGUGCAGAGCGUACCGGCCGGACGCAGGUCGCCCACGUCCAGCCCCACGCCGCAGCGCCGAGCCCCCGCCGUGCCCCCAGCCCGGCCCGGGUCGCGGGGCCCUGCUCCUGGGCCUCCGCCUGCUGGGUCCGCCCUGGGGGGGGCACCCCCCGUGCCCUCCAGGCCGGGGGCUUCCCCUGACCCCUUCGGUCCUCCCCCCCAGGUGCCCUCGCGCCCUAAUCGCGCCCCGCCCGGGGUCCCCAGAAUCACUAUCAGUGACCCCUGAGGAGUGUCAGCCAUGCAGGAAGGGCCCAGCCUCACCUACGCGACCUGCAGUCCCCCGACCAGCUGAGGCUCCCCUCUUAGACUUAUAAGCCUGUGGCCACUGGCAUCCGGCUGCCUGCCCUCCCUUCCUCCCCCAGGGUCUUGUCAGAGGGCCCCUAGGUUUUCUUACUGCCGAGAGGGGCCUCCAGCCAUCUCUAUUAGCUUCACACUCCUGGUUCAAGCAGUGUUCUUUCUCCAUUGGGCCUGGUGGCUGUGUGGGCCUCCCUAAAGGUAGAGGUGGCCCUGGGCCAGUGGGUUGGAAGACAGGGUGACCAGAGAAGAGGGAAAGCCCAAGGGGGUUGAGCAUGAGUGUGGAACCAUGGGUGCACUACCUGAGUGAUGUAUGAGAGGCUAGUGUGUGUGGUGGGGACCCCUUCCCAGAUAUCUAUGAAGCUCUGGGCCACAUGACUCCUGUGCCUCCCUCCAUCUUCCUCUUCCUCCCUUUUCCAGUCUGGCCCCUCAUCUUUCCCCCAUCCCCUCCCUCUGCUGCCUGGCAGCAGUGCUGGGUAGCUGUGCUUGCCUUACCAGCUCUCUCCUUGCUUUCUCUCCUGUUUUCUCUCUUUGCUUUCUCUCCAACUGCCAGCCGAUCGGGUCAGGCAAGUCCAUCCCGUCCUGAGAGCCCCAGGCCCCCCUUCGAACUCUAACCAGAUCCCUCCUCUUCCUCGGAGACCUCCCUUUCCAAGCCUGCCUGGACGGCUGUUCUGUGACUUACCCAGCCCCAAAGCCACCCCCUUCAUCUGUAACUUAGUCUGUUGUAGUGGUGAGCUGACACAUCCAGGUGUGAUGCUGGUGAAAACUUGUGCCCCUCUGUGGUAUCGCUCCUGCUGGUCUAUAAAUAUCUAUAAAUAUUCAUAUAUAUAUACAUAUAUAUGGCUGACAGCCUCACCUCUAGUGCUGGCAAUCAAUCACCAUGCUGUCCUUGUGGAGUCUCAUGGCCCAACUAUCAGGGAACGCUGUCCCCUGACAUCCUGGCUUCAAAGUGUGCCACCUCCAGUGAACCUUCCUGUCAUGUCUGGCCCCUGGACUGCCAGCCCUCCCGCCCCUUCCCUGGAAGCAUGGGGGUGCUGUCCAGGCAGCCGUGUGGUCUGAUGCUACCAGUCUUGCUGUCUCUCAGCUGAGAAUAAAACCCACUUCUGGAUGA